AUGGAUAAUUCUUCUGAUGGAAUUGUUUUUGUACUUCAAGGAGUGAAUGAUACAAGGACAAACAGACAGAUUUACUUUGCACUUGCUCUUUUGACUUACCUUUUGACUAUUUUUGUAAAUUUGAUGCUGAUUACAACAAUUUUCCUGGACAAAACACUACAUGAACCCAUGUAUUUCUUCAUAUGUAAUUUGUGUGUAAAUGAAAUGCUUGGUGCCUCUGGUUUCUACCCAAAGCUGCUUGUUGACCUUUUAUCAGAGUUUCAUGUUAUCUCAUAUACUUGGUGUCUGAUACAGGUAUCUGUCAUUUAUAACUAUAUUCUCUGUGAAUUCACAAAUCUAACGGUGAUGGCUUAUGACAGGUAUGUGGCAAUCUGUAAGCCAUUACAAUAUCAGUCUAUCAUCACACCUCAGAGAGUGCGGAGGCUAGUGCUUCUUAUAUGGCUUGUCUGUAUUUUAGAGGUCUCUGUAGGUACUAUAUUGACAAGCAUACUACCCAUUUGUGGUUAUGAAAUUGACGGGCUUUACUGCUCAAAUGUGGCAGUAGUAAAACUUGCCUGCACAGAUACAACAUUGAACAGAUCUUAUGGGUAUAUCACAAUAAUUUCUUAUGUUUCUCAAGGUGUUUUCAUAGUGAUCUCAUACAUUUACAUUAUUAGAGCCUCCCUUAGAUCUAAAGCAGAGCAAGCAAAGUUCAUGCAGACAUGCUUACCACAUUUAAUAACCUUUAUUAACUUUACCAUCUCACUGACAUUUGAUGUUAUGUAUGUACUCUUGGGCUACAGCAACACACAUGUAGUUUUGCGCAACAUCUUGGCAGUUCAGUUUCUUAUUUUACCUCCACUCUUAAAUCCAGUCAUAUAUGGUAUUAAGUUGGCUCGGAUUCGUGUGAGCCUGAUGAAAAUUUGGAAUCUGAAACUCAGAGCUCUUACAUGA